AUGUUUGCGCUCAUCGAGCAGCAUCCUGGUGCCGUGAACCUGCGGCCUGAGUUUCGCGUCUUCGGUGUGAUCCACCAGGCCGCCUACCACGGGGUCGUCGCGGUGCUGAGGCGGCUGGUGGAGGAGUGCAGGGCGGAUGCGGGCCUGCUUACGCGCGACAAGAAGACGGCGGUGCAGGUCGCGCUGGACUCGGCCAAGCUGGAUGCCGUCAAGUACCUGGGGUCUCUAAGCCUGCCUGGUGGCUCUUCUGGUGCGGGCACCGAGGCCCACGCAGUGAUAGACGCCGCCAAGGACGGUAAGUGGGAAGCAGUGUUCCGCCUGCUUGGGGAGGGCCCCCCCGGCCUGGUGAACAUCCGCCCCGGUGUAAGGAGGUACAGCGUCCUGCACCAGGCGGCCUUCCACGGGGACAUCGAGGUCCUGCGUCGUCUGAUCGAGGACUUCAAGGCCGACGUCAAGCAGCUGACCGACGAGGGCCAGAACGCCCUGGAGAUAGCGCGCCUCGAGAAACACGACGCCGCGGCCAAGUACCUGGAGGCGUGUGUUCCGAACGUCAAGCUGGACGACGACUUUGUGACGUAUCCCGAGCAGCGCUUCGUCACCCUGGGCGAGGACGAGCUCCAGACGUUCCGGGACCUCCUCCGCAAGACCCACAAGAAGGCCUGCAAUUGGACACGGGACCGCGACCAAGCGAGUGGCAAGCACGUGGACAACACUCCCGUGCCCACGGGGUACGAGCUGGUCGGGGUCAGGCGCAACGAGAACCCGGCGCUCUGGAGGAUAUACCAGGUCUCUCGCGAGAUCAUGCGGUUGAGCUGUCAGAGCAACGAGUCCUUCGCGCCUUGGUCGCCGCUCACCGCGGAGGGCCUGGACUGGUCGCCGCUCGGGCUCUGCGCCGGCGCGAACGAGUGGCUGCUCCUGCACGCGGGGCUGCCAGAGGCGCUGUCGGCCAUCGCGGGCGGCUUGUACGGCAGCGGCACGUACUUUGCCGACUCCAUCACCAAGGCCGACGAGUAUGCGCGGAGGAAGGUGGAGGAGAAGGGCGUCUUCAAGGGGUGCCGUGCAGUGGCGGUGGUGCGGGUGCUGGGAGGCCGCCAUUAUUAUACCGACAAGGAGGUCGGGGAGGCCGACAAGCCGAAGUUUGCCAAGAGGGUGCUGGAGGGCGAGUACCACAGCACCGUGGGGGACCGCCUGAAGCUGAAGAACACCUACCGGGAGUACGUGGCCUACGACUCGGCGUGCACGUACCUCGAGUUUAUUCUGUAUCUGCGGAAGGGCGUCCCAGACAAGCACAAGUGAGUCGCGCAGGCCACCUCUCUUCUGCUCCUUCUUGCUUGGCGGAGGUCCGCGCGGAUUUCUCGCUUCGGCGCUAGGUUUCCCCAGCAGCCCCCCCGCGCCGCGGCGCUCCCCCCCGCGCGCUCUGCGCUCAAGGAAGGAGCGUCUGGCACCGAUCCAAGACGUACGCGCGGACUUCUGGAAGCUUCUGCCCGGAGAUCCGACGGCGCGAA